AUGGAGGACCUGGAAAAUAACACCACUGUCUUCUCCACGCUGAGAUCCCUCAACAACUUCAUCUCCCAGCGCAUGGAGGAGACGUCUGGGCUGGCCACGCCGGGGUCCUCGCAGAGGUCCUUACAGAUCCAGUACCAGCAGAGGAUGCAGUUGGAAGAACAGGCUGGGCAGAUCCGCUCCAAAUCCCAACUGCUGCAGGUGGAACGGGAGAAGAUGCAGAUGGAGCUGAGCCACAAACGAGCUCGCAUUGAGCUGGAGAAGGCAGCUAACACCAAUGCCAGGAACUAUGAGAGAGAGGCUGACCGGAACCAGGAGCUGCUCACACGCAUAAAGCAGUGUCAGGAGAGGGAAACGGAAGCUGAAAAUAAACUGAAAGAACAAGUGGAGAUGAACAAAUCCUAUAAGAAGACCAUGGAGGCAAUGAGUAAGAAGAUGCAAGAGAAGGAGAGCAAAUUAGCUGAAGCUAAUGAAACAAUCACUGUGUUAAAAGGGAAAAUAUCAGAGCUGCAAUGGAAUUUAAUGAACCAAGAGAUGCAGAUGACAAGCCAAGACUCUCAGAAGCAGGAACUGAUGGAACAGCUGGAUAUGGAACAAAAGAAAUGGCAAGAGGCUAGUCAGCAGAUCCAGACACUGCAAGCUAGCCAGGCCCUACUGGCAGAAUAUGAGCAGAAGAUUAAGGAUCUGGAACAAAAGUUAUCUCAGCACGAACAUGAUGCUCUAAUUGUCAAGAACAUGAAGGCAGAACUGGCUCGUUUCCCAAAAAUGGAGAGGGAAUUGCGCCAGCUCAGGGAGGAAAAUGCCUACUUCAGGGAAAUGAGAGAAAACAAUGGAUUGCUUAAAGAGGAGGUAGAAGGUCUCCAAAGAAAACUGGAACGCUAUGAGAAAGUCCAAGCACAGCUAGUGACUGUGGAAUUGGAAAACGAGAAACUUCUGAGAAAAUUACAGAGCUGGGAGAAACUGGACCAGAGCACUGGCUUAAAUAUCAGGACACCUGAUGAUCUCUCUGGGCAAAUUGUGGCCCUGCAGCAAAGGGAGCUUGCACUGAAAGAGCAGAACUCCACCUUCAUGAACAGUGCCCGAAUGCUGGAGAAGGCCCGGCAGCAGCUCCAGGAGGAACUACUGCGGAUUCAGAGUCAGCUCUUGGAUGAGAAGAAGAAACGUGAGCAUCAGGAAGCGCUGGUCAGACGGCUGCAGAAACGUGUGCUGCUCCUCACCAAGGAGCGUGACGGGAUGCGAGCGAUCCUGGAGUCGUACGACAGCGAGCUGACGCCGGCGGAGCACUCGCCCCAGCUGAGCCGGAGGAUGCGCGAGGCCGAGGACAUGGUGCAGAAGCUUCACUCUCAUAACACUGAGCUGGAGGCUCAGCUCUCUCAAGUUCUGGAAGAAAUGGGAAACCACAAGCAAAGAGCAGACAUGCUGGAGGUGGAGAUGAAGAUCCUGAAGUCCCAGCAGUGCACAGCUGAGCAGAGUACUGGUGUCACCAAGGAGGAGGUGGACACGCUCAGGCUGAAAAUUGAGGAGCUGGAAGCUGAACGCAGCAAGCUGGAAGAGGAGAACAGAUCUCUGGAAAUGAAACUAGAGAGGCUAACUCUGCAGGGUGACUAUGACCCCAGCAGAACCAAAAUUCUUCACUUCAGCGUGAACCCAACGAGUUUAGCCAAGCAGCAGCACAAGGAGGAGCAGCAGCUGCUCCAGGAGGAGUGUGAGAGGCUGCGGGAGCUGGUGAGGGUGCUCGAGGCAGGUGGCUCCAUCUCUGGGCAUCUGGAAGGACUUCCAUGUUAUCACUCACCACAAGAAGUUGCAGAGCUGAAGAAGCAAGUGGAAAGUGCAGAACUGAAAAACCAGCGUCUGAAAGAAGUUUUCCAGAGCAAGAUCCAGGAGUUCCGCAAGGUGUGCCACACACUGACUGGGUACCAGAUCGACAUCACCACGGAGAACCAGUAUCGACUCAGCUCCGUUUACGCCGAGCACCAGGGGGACUGUCUGCUUUUUAAGACCUCCAGCACCUCUGGUGGAAAAAUGCAGCUUCUGGAAACUGAGUUCUCACGGACCAUCGGGGAACUGAUCGAGCUCCACCUGCUCCGCCAGGACAGCAUCCCAGCCUUCCUCAGCGCCCUCACCCUCGACCUCUUCAGCCGCCAGUCCAUCGCUUAG